UGCCAAAGCUUAGCUCUGGGAUGCCCUCUCGAGCUAUUUACUCUCAAGUCUUCUAUGACUUUGGUUUUGGGUUGUGGGUUUGGGAGGAUGAUUGAACUGUAAGGCUAAACGAGCUACAGUCGUAAAUCUUCCAUGCCCCGCAGCAAUUCUAAACAAUUUAAACCGGUUAUGUAUGGUGUUACCUCUCUCAUGCGCAAAAUAAUAGAAAUAUAUGUAUAUAAACAAAUUCACACACACACACAUACACAUAGAGAAUAAAAAGGUAGCCGGCAUAACAUAGUAUUACGUACACUUAUUGAUAAACAAAGCGACGACGCCUUAAGUGUUUAUUACGAGUGUAUACUAAACGUGUCGUCAUUUCCAGUUGAAAUCACAACAAUCUCAAGUUCUCAAGCUGACUUUUGAGGUGAAAAGAAAAGAUGAGCAACUGCUCGGCCGUGCAACUGGCCGUUGCCCAUCAACAGGAGCAAGCAAAUGUGGGCAAUCUAUUGGGCCGUCGCUAUGCGAAGUUGCUGCACGCUGAGAAAUACACAGAUUGUGUGUUCCAUGUGACCGAUGAGGAAAUCAAAUGCCAUAAACUAAUACUCUGCGCCGCUAGCCCCGUUUUCGAGGCCAUGUUCUAUGGGCCAUUGCAGGACCAUGGUCAGGAUAAUCAGAUUGAGAUUGAUGAUAUAAGUGCAGAAAUAUUUAAAGUUCUUGUCGAAUACAUUUACACGGGCAGUGUCGAUUGGAAUGGCUUGGAGCUGUUGGCCUGCAUUGAGCUGUACUACGCAGCUGAGAAGUAUCUUAUGGAUCAGUUGAUAGCCGACUCUUUGGUGGCCAUUACAAGGAAAUUGCGCUUCUCGAACAUCCUGCCAGCUCUUGAACUAAGCGUGUGCAUGGGUCUGGAUGGCCUGCUGGAGGUCUGCAUGACAUUUUUUAUGCGCUGUUGUGUUAAUAAUUCUCAGUAUAUGAGCUAUCUAAAGGAACAUUAUGUCCAUGUGGCCAAGGAGUGUGUCAAAUCAAUAAUUGCAGCCUGCAAAGAGCCAUACAAACUACUUAUUUGGUAUGUCUACGAAUGGACACAGCGAGAAUGCGAACAAUUGGGUUUGGCUGCUGCAGACAUGGAUGAUCUGGGUGGGGCUACCAAAUGCUGGCCAGCCAAUUCUUCAAAUCCUUCAGUCACAGCAGCAACUCCCUCUCCGGUUGUCCUGGUAGAGCGUUGCUACUACAAGGCAUGCCGCCCGUUUACAGUGGAAGCUGAGUCGCCUGUGUGGCGUCUUCGUCUUAAAUGUUCUCGUUUUAUAUCUCUCAUGGGUCUGGUGCUCAAUAGUCGCCUGACACCGAACCCACCAGGCAAUUUGAGCCAUGUCCAAAUUCAGCUACCUCUAGAAUAUCGAGAAAACCUGCGCCUUGAUCUAUGCGAACUCCCAGCCGAGGGCGAAGAGGGACCAGUCACCCGCCCCGUUUGGUCACACACUAUCAAGAAUCAAACAACGAAAUACAAUUGUGACUUGAAUCUAAAUUGGUCCCGCGAAGAGGCUUGCAUACUCACCCCCGAUCUGCUCUAUGAGAUUCAAUUGCGUUGGGAUGGCGCAGCGUAUGGCGCCGAGUAUCCGUGUUCCCUUCAAUCUUGCCAGUCAAACGAUCAAACGAUUCGUUUCAUUGAUGGCUCGGAUGGCAGUUUGGUCAAAGGACUGCGCUAUGCCAAUCUAGUUUAA